AUGGGCAUCGCUACCGGAUUCAAAUGGAUUCUGAGCUUUUGUAUGCUCAUCGUCCCCAUCGCCAUCACCCUUGGCGUUCUCUUCCCACUCCAACGCGCGCAUACGAGCGGCGGCGGUUCUGGUAGCUUCCUCGGCGAUGGCGGCUUUGGCGGUACAGGCCCUGGAGCAGGACCGCCCAAGCCCAAGAACAACAAUGUCGAGCUAGCGACAGCGUGCACUCAGUUCGCUGACCUGGGCAAUCCUUUGCGCUACAACUGGGCCAAGGGCCAGCAGCAAUAUACCUUCAACCCUAACCAAUGGGGUCUCACCGACAGCACAAAGAGCGGCAUGUGUAUGGAUGUCCUGUUCAACAACAACGGCACCUAUUCCAAGCCGGAAUUGGCUCCCCCCUUCCAAGUCACCUGGCAAUACUCGCCCGCUCCCGCCGGACAGAACAAUGUGCACGCGUUCGCCAACAUCAAGCUCGAAAAGGUUUUCCCCAAGCAACUCAGCACGAUUAAGAAGCUUUACGUCGAUUUUGAGUGGAAAUAUGUCAUGGGCAACGACAACUCAACGGCGAGCGAAUCGUCAACCCUCGCCACGAAGAGCGUCAACACCAACGUUGCAAUUGAUAUGUUCGCCGACAGCAGCAGCGAUACCUCGAAAAACAACGAAAAGGCCGCUUUCGAAAUCAUGAUCUGGUUUGCUGCCAUUGGCUCGUCCGCCCACGUCAUUGGUCAGGAUACGACAUCGAUUGUCAAAACAUUGGCCCUCGCAGAUGCUACGACCGGAACCCAGGUCACCUUCGACUUGUAUGCCGACAAGCACCCCACCACAAAACAGUUCGUCAUGACCUGGAAGGCCCAAGAGAUUACGGAAAAAUUCCACGGCGACGUCUAUCCGCUGAUCGACUACAUUCUCACCGCCGGCAACUCGAGCUAUCCGACCUCGGAUGACUAUCUCGGCUCGUUCGGCAUGGGCACCGAGGCCUACGACUCGCCGUCAAACGUGACAUUUUACUGCCCCGACUUUGCCGUCAAUGUUGAAUAA